UCCGAUAGAUGGUCUAUUCAGACGAAAUGUAAAUCACAGUAUGGACUGCAUUUCAUCUGAAGACAAUAACUGUUUUUUUGGUAUUCAAAAUUGCAAUCUCCUGAAAAAUGUUUUUUUAUAUGAAAAAAUGGAUUUUUCUGAGUAUCUGCGCUUUCAAUCAAUAAAAUUUUAUGAUGGAAUCACUUCUGAGAGUUGAUGUCUUCAGAUAAAAUGUAGUCGAUACUAUGAUUUAAAUUUUGUCUGAAUAGACCAUCUAUCGGAAAUGACUCCUUCAUGGUCCGCGACACGUGUGAAAAACAGUCAUUUGUAUGAAUUUUGUUAAUCGUACCCAAACUUUCUGGCUGCAGUGUAUUUUCAAUAAAUCAAUCGCAUCGCAUAAUUAAGAAUGAGAGUAGACAAUUGAACAUUUAAUGUUGUUUGCGUUAGUGGACAUUAAGUGAGCUGAUUUAUGGUUAUUUAUCAAUUGAUUUUUGAUGUCGCUAUACAAUGUAUAGUAUAAAAUGUUUAUAAUUCAAUCUCAUGCAUAUCUUCAAGCAAUUUAUCAUAUUCAUAUCUCGUGCAAUGUGAGAAAAUUGUCAUAUUUUUUAUAAAAAUUCAAAAACCAAAUUCAUUUUGGUUGAGAGAAACUUGAACUUUGACUCUCAGCAGACUAAUUAGUUAGAAAUGUCAUUUAAGAAAUGUGCAAAGAUGUAAGGUAUCGUAUAUAAUGGUCAAAGUUCGACAUUUCCCAAGGAGCGUCAAAGGGUUGCCAACAAACGCAGAUAAAAAAACAUAACAUAGACAUUUCUACCGCAAGUUUUUCGGAAACAGUACUUUACCGUUGGUGACAGUUCAAACAGUAAUUAGCUUCUAUUACAAUAUACCUGCUAACUAGUCACUCGUUUGCUUCUUUGGUCAUCACUUGCUUGUUACAUUUCGAUCAGUUCAGUUCGGCUAUAAUCCUUUUUGGAAGUGUGUUUUUUUUUUAAAUAGCUAAACUUUUGUUGUUAACAAUUUCAUUUGAAAAUAUUGUUUAAAAAACGUAAAUAUGGUUGAGUUCUCAGAUAUUUCAAGUAAAGAAAUUCGUUCGACUCUUUUCAAAACGAUUGAAAAUGCUUUAAAGACGACGAACUUCAAAUUCAGUAUAAUUCCGGCAUCAAGAGCUGACGAAAAUAACAUCGUUGGCAUUAUUUAUCGGGUAGUUUUUGCCAGAAAUGAUGAAAUUGAAUAUGGAAAAUAUUCAAUUCCACGACAAUUAAUCCUGAAAGUUGCUCCACGAAAUGCAGUCCAUCGCAUUCAAUUUCUCACUCGGCCAGCAUUUGUUCGGGAAAUUUAUGCAUAUAAUAAGGUGUUGCCGAUUUUACGUAAAUUUGAACAGUUGAAGGGUGCUUAUCACUUCGAUGAAUACCCAAAAUGUUAUAAAACCGUAGAUGUUGACAUCAAUGAAUGUCUUUUGCUUGAAGAUUUAACGGUUCGUAAUUUCACCGUGAUCGAUCGACACCAUGCAGAUUUAACCCCUGAUCACGUUCGUUUGGUAAUGAAGACAUUGGGUAAAUUUCAUGCCAUUUCAUUUGCGCUCAAAGAUCAAGAGCCGCAAGUAUUUAAAGAGCUUACAUCGAAUUUGGAUGAAAUUCUCAUUCGAAAAGAUGAUGAUAAAUUAAGAGAUUUUUUCAAUAAACAAUCGGAACAUGUUUUCAAUUCGGUAUCAAGUGAAGAAGAUACUGAAUUAUUCGACAAAGUGUAUAAAUUUUAUGAGAAAGAUGUUCUCGAUAUUGCUGUUGAUUGUCUUGACUUGAAUGCAGCGGAUGGGGCUACUGUAAUCUCGCACGGAGACGCUUGGCAAAAUAAUAUCAUGUUCCGACAUGAUCGAAAUGGAAAACCAGUUCAAAUGGCACUUAUUGAUUGGCAAACUACGCGUCAUUCAUCCCCAAUCAUUGAUAUCAUUUACUUUUUAUUUUGCUGUACGACAAAAGAACUACGUGACAAUUACUAUGAAGAAAUGCUCAACGUUUAUCACGUCAACUUAAGUACACAUAUGCGAAGGUUGGGCUCAAAUCCAGAUAAACUCUUUCCAUUCACAAUGUUAUUGGAACAUUGCCGUAAAUUCGCCAAAUUCGGAUUGAUUUUAUCCACCGCGUUGCUGCCAAUUAUGACAUCGGAUGAUGGAAAUCAAAUUAAUUUUGAUGAACUUGCAGAGGAUGUGAAACGGGGAAAAGAAUUGGACGAAAAUCUCUUCGCUACAGCCAAUUCACGCAAUGAAUACUAUGCACGACUUCGUGACGUUGUUAUCGAUAUGAUUGAAUUGGAAUACAUAUGAACCCAAUCCAUCAAUCAAUGGACGAUCUACAAAACACAAAUUGAAGCAUUUUAAACGAACAACCUAUUAUAACCAUACAUACAGUAGAACUUCUCUACAACGGAAACUUCCAAUGGCAGAAAACCUCACAAUAGAAGAAUUCCCAAUUUCAUCAAAUUCAUAUUUUUCAGACAAAAUUAACUCCACAUAGCGGAAGAAAAGUAUAGUUAACGAAAAAACGACUCUUUCUUGAAAUUUCUGCUAUAGAACGAUUUUGCUUUCUCAAAAUAACUUUUAAAAUUUACCAGUAAUAUCAUUAUGUAUAGAAAAAUAAGAAAACAAAUAGAUGUAGUCUGUUACUUCCUGGGUAUUUGCUAUUUUCAGUUAGAACCGGUUAAUACAAUACAUUUUAAACCAAGACGGAAGUGAAGUAAACGGAUGACAUUAUCAUAACUAAUUAUUCAAAAAAAAAAAAAAAAUCUUAUCAAAAUUUAACACGAAUAUCAAACAUUAUUAUUUGACCCGUGAAGGUUGUUAUAAA